AUGUCUUAUGAGUCAAGCCCAUGGGUGGUCUGGUGCUUCGAGCACUGCCUCAAGCCGCAGCAUGAUCGCUUGCGUGAGGAGCUGAAGGAAGCUGCCACGGCGUUGGGAUGCAGAUUCCUCUGUCUCAAGAAGUCGAUGAGCUUUAUGAGCUGGCUGGAGGACAGUGAAGAUCGGGUUCUCUUACUCGCGGAUUGGCGAGAAGCUAAGCCUGUCAUGGAAGAGCUCGGCAAAAGGGAGGGAGGUCACGACGUUCUCAUGUGUGUGGCUGCGCAGUCAGACAAGAUGUUUCGCCGCGCAGUUGACUGGGCAACCAAGCAAAGGCCAGACACUGACAUCAUGGUCUCCUCCAGCUUCUCGCGCCAGAAUCUGCUGGACCUGUUCGAGCGCCACUUGGAAACUUCAGCUCAGCCGCCACCACCAGCAGUGCCAGCACCGUCCUUCUCGCGAAGAGUUGGUGUUUCACAGCUUGCCCAGGAUAUCCCGGAAGGAGUGAGCUCGGCCAGUCUUGAGUAG